UUCAGGGUGCAAACAUUGGCAAAGCACGAGAAUAAGGGAUUGGUCCCAGUGUUUAAUUCUGAGGAGUGAAAACUUUCCAAGUGUCUACGUUUAUCCCCAGAUUGGCGGGUGCCUGUCCUGGGAGACCAGGAGUUAAAGUGUUUGGACCGUAAGUGCUCUAAGGGGAUAAAAGAAACCUCCAUGGCUUUGGUUCCUAAACUCAUGUUUGGAAAUUCACUGUCACUGUCCUGAGAACGCUGCUCUUAGAAGACAAACUUCUUGCAUGUUAAAUGAGCAAUUGUUAGAGCUGCUGAAAAGCAUGACUUCCUCCUCCUCCUCCGCUCUUGCUGAAGCUCCGGUGAGACGGGUCGGUAUCUUCGGGGGAACUCAUGGCAAUGAGUUCUCAGGGGUGUUACUGGUCAGGCACUGGCAAGAGAACGGAGCUGAGAUCCAAAGACCUGGAGUGGAAGUGAAACCAUUUCUCACCAACCCCAGAGCUGUGGAGAAGUGCACGAGAUAUAUUGACUGUGAUCUCAACCGGGUUUUUGACCCUGACAGUCUUGGCAGGCCAGUGGUGGAAGAUAUUCCAUAUGAAGUGAGAAGGGCUCAGGAAAUCAAUCAUAUAUUUGGUCCAAAAGGUAGUGAUGAUGCCUAUGACCUUAUUUUUGACCUUCACAACACCACUUCUAACAUGGGUGGUACCCUUAUUCUUGAAAACUCCAGGGAUGACUUUACAAUUCAAAUGGUUCAUUAUAUCAAGAACGCUCUGGCUCCAGAACCCUGCCCUGCUCUGCUGAUCGAACAUCCCAGCCUGAAAUAUGCAACAACUCGCUCUGUAGCAAAGCACCCUGUCGGUGUCGAGGUGGGGCCCCAGCCACAAGGUGUUGCUAGAGCUGAUAUUUUGGACAAAAUGAGGAAGAUUGUCAAGCAUGGCCUUGAUUUUGUGCAGCUUUUUAAUGAAGGAAAGGAAUUUCCACCGUGUACAAUCGAGGUUUUUAAAAUAAUGGAGAAAGUAGAUUACCCCAGGAAUAAGAACAAUGAAAUUAUUGCUGUGAUUCACCCUAAACUGCAGGAUCAAGACUGGCAGCCACUGAACAACGGUGAUCCUCUGUUUCUGACUCUGGAUGGAAAAGUCAUUCCAUAUCAAGGGAACUGCCCAGUCUAUCCAACAUUUAUUAACGAAGCUGCAUAUUAUGAAAAGAAACAAGCUUUUGUGAAAACAGAGAAAAUUAAACUCACUGCAAAACCCCUCAGGUCCUCCGUCUCAAAGCAGAGCACUUCCUAAGGGUUUAUCGUGGGUUUUCCAUUAAAAAGUGUAUCUCUUUGUGAGAUCCAGGGUCACUCAGCAGUAAUUCACGGAAUAAAUAAACAACUGCAGAAUCUAAUUUUAAAUUGUAAUUUAAUUAACCUCGCUGAGCACUUUUAAGAUGAGACAUACUGUCAGAGUGCUGAUUAUUAUCCAGGAUAUUAUCCUGGUUACUUGUUCUAAAGGAUUCCUAGAGAUGGAAAGAAUAUUUUAUGAAGUUUUUAUGAAGAUGCUUAUCCACAAAACUACUUUAUAUAUAAAAUGCCUAUAGUUUUUCUAUUUUAUAACCCCAAACCUCCCACAGCCACCACUUUUGAAAAUGGGGUGAGAUCCUUGAAAGUGAUUCCUCAGAUAAACUUACAAAAUGUGAGACAAAGGAAAAGCUGAGGAGAGAGAAACAGCAAAGAUAUAUAAUAAAUGAUAUUAUCUGCAAAUGUGACUAUCCCCACCUGUGCUGAAGGGGAGGCCUUGGGGGUUGUUUUCUUUUUAUACUUACAAAGAUAAAAACAAGCU